AUGGCGUCAACCAGUGCUCAGACACAGAAUAUCCCGCAGACGUCUCUCUACGUCGGUGAUUUGCAUCCCGAAGUUUCUGAGUCGCUCCUAUAUGCUACUUUCUCGACUGCGGGACAUGUGCUGACCGCCCGUGUUUGCCGAGAUGUGGCAAUGCGCACCUCUCUGGGAUAUGGAUACGUUAAUUUUGAAAACCCAAAAGACGCCGAGAGGGCGCUGGAAAACCUGAACUACGAACCCCUUUUUGGCCGUCAGAUCCGUAUUAUGUGGUGUCAGCGUGACCCGUCACUCAGAAAGUCCGGCCGUGGCAACAUUUUUAUAAAGAACUUGGACAAGAGCAUUAACCAGAAGGAUCUUUAUGACACCUUCUGCAACUUCGGCAAAAUCCUAUCCUGCAAGAUUGCGAUGGAUGAGAAUGGAAUCUCAAAGGGUUACGGCUUCAUUCAUUAUCAAAACGAGGAAUGCGCCGACGCCGCUAUUAAGGCAGUCAAUGGAAAGAUGAUCAAUGACAGAAUCGUCUACAUUGGGCCUUUCAUUCCACGCAGCGAAAGAAAGUCCGCUGGUGGGAAAGCCAAGUUCACAAAUUGCUACGUCAAGAAUUUCGGUGACGAACUGGACGAAGAAGGUCUCAAGAAACUUUUUGGGGAGUAUGGAGAGAUAAAGAGUGCCUGCAUAAUGCGUGAUAGUGACGGGAAAUCCAAGGGGUUCGGCUUCGUCUGCUUUUCAGAGCCUGAGAGUGCGGAGUCCGCAGUAGAGAAACUUCAUGGAAAGGACAUAAAUGGCCAUUCCCUCUAUGUUAGUCGGGCCCAGCGGAAAUCAGAGCGCCAAGAAGUCCUUCGACAGCACUUCGAGAAGCAGCGCGCUGAGCGUCUGUCUAAGUAUGCUUCUGGCGUCAACCUAUAUGUCAAGAAUCUGGAUGACAGCAUUGACGAUGAACGUUUGCGCGAGGCCUUCAGUCCGUUUGGAAAGAUUACCAGCGCCAAGGUUAUGACAGACCAAGCCGGACAUUCCAAGGGGUUCGGAUUUGUAUGCUUCAACACUCCUGAAGAGGCCAAGGAAGCAGUGAACAUGAACGGCAACCUCCUAGGUUCAAAGCCCUUGUAUGUUGCUUUGGCCCAACGCAGAGAGGAUCGGCGUAUGAAGCUUCUCGCGGAACACCAACAGAGACUUCAGUACCACGCAAACGUUGGUAAUAUGUCGGCAGCUCAUUCAAUCACAAACUUCUUUGGUCAACCGACCUUCCCGCCCGCACAACGAUUCUUCUCUACCGGACCUCCGCUUGCAUCCCAGCCAAGGUGGAACCGCGCCGGCUUUACAGGUCCUCAGGUUCCUUUGGGACACCCAGCCAUGAACGCCACGGCACUCCGACCCCCACUGCCUGCCCAAUAUGUUGCGAAUUCCGGCGCCAUGGCCAUGUCUCAAACACAGAUGGCGCAAGCCAGCAUGGUAGCUCCGCAGUACCGAAAUCAGGCUGCCGCUGCUGCCCGCGCGCUAGUCUCUGGCACGGUUCCUUCCGGCAUGAAUGCGGCAUCAAUGGGAAAUCCGGCCAAUCUCAUUGCCCCAGGAGCUGGUGGUCCGCAUCAACAUUUCAACGGCCAGCGUGUCAACCUGGCUCCGCAGAUGGUUCAGGGAACUAACCAAGCUGUACCGCGC